GCCAAAGUUCUUUUACCGCUCCUUCAGACUCACAGACAUGUAAUCUUCUGCUACCUCAAAUCUCGAAACGAUUUGGAUCAUGGCGCAACCGAGCCGCAGUCUCCUCUGGAUCCUCCUCGCUGUUGGAAUUGUAUUAAAUAUUCAAGAUGCAAACACAGCAGAGGAGGUGGGAAGUCAUGGAGCGGUAAAAAAUCUAAGCAACAGAAAGCUCCAGGUCAUCCCUCAGUGUGAGAAGAACUGCACAGUGACCACCCUGAUCCUGAACGGAAACCAGAUCAGCCUGAAAGAGUCUGACCAGUUACAUUUGGUUAGCUACAGCGCUCUGACUCAACUCUACCUGGACAACAACACAGUGAUGGAGAUAAAGGCGAAGUAUUUCAGCGGAAUGCCACGCCUCAAAGUGCUUUCUCUGUCUGCGAACAAAAUCAGCAGCCUGGACCCAGAGGCCUUCACUGGACUGGAGGCUUUAACUGAACUCGACUUAGCCAACAACUCUCUGUCAAGUGUUCCAAAGCAGCUGCUCAACACACUCAAGAAUCUAGAGGUGAUGAAUGUCGACGGAAACCCCUGGAACUGUUCAUGUGAACUCCUCAGCAUUGCCUCCAAUGCCUCGUGUGCCGCUCCACAAAACAUGCUGGGACUGUCCCUCAACGAAGCUUUAGCCAAGUGUUCUACAACCACAACCAAGCCCCCCUCUCCAACCACACCCCCCCGUCUGAAGUCUGCACCGACCCCACAGCUCAACAAAAGCCUGGAGAAAGACCAGCCCGCCACACACGGUAACUCAUGGAAGUUCACCAUCAGCGUAGUCGCCCUGGGCCUCACCACCGCCACCCUGAUCCUGUGCGCCAUCAAGGGCCCCUCCUGGUACAGACUCUUCCACAACUACCGCCACCGCAGGCUGCAGGACGCCACCCCCGAGCCCACCGGGACCACCGUGUUCCACCAGACGUCCCGGCAACAGCAGACCUACAACUUUGAGGAGGAGGGCGGGAGGAGGAGGAGGACGGGCGACGAAGAGGACGACGAAGAUGGAUACUUUGAAGAUCCGUACAUCAGGAGAGAGGAGUGAGGGGCAGGGCAGUAGUGAACACAGAUCGACCGUGGAGGCUUUUUAAACUUUUUAAAACGUGAUUAGAACGAGCUUACCAACAGAUGCGAUCGAAAAACUGCCACUGGGCCUUAGUGUUUGUUUAUUUGUUGCUCAAUUUCCAAUUCUCAAACUGACUUUUAGUGCAGAAAUCAGCCUCUAGUCUAUUUAAUCUUAUAAAUAAAAGAUGUAUGCUACAUUUAA